UUAGAGAGGAAUAACCUUUUAAAGACAGAACAGGUCAAGGGUAGGCAAUGGGAGGUAGAGACUAGAGCGGUGAUCCCUCCACUUGGUGUCAACGGGGCCAAAGAGAGAAAUAACAUAUCAAGAUCCAUAACAAUAUUUUUACAAGGAAAAAUCAAACAAAAUCCGUAACUAUAUUACAUAAAGUAUUACUUCUUUUUAAUGAAAACUACAAAGGUAUACUCGUCCCAAACUUUCCUUUUUUUGCUACAUAAAGUAUAAAGAGCUGGUUUUUAUUCCAGAUACUAGGAUCGAUUUCCCAGAAAAGUCUAAUGCAUUUUCGUGGAAAGAUUCCUUCAAACGAGCAGUGGUGGGCUGGAUUUUGAUGGGCAGUAUCUCUUUUUCAGCAACGAAACGGAGGAACUUCUAAUCUAGGGUUUGAAGCUUAGCUCCAAGUAGUGAAACUUGGCAAAAAAAAUCCUGACUGACAAGCUUAAAGACAUUUUUUAUUGGAACCUGUUAUGGAUACAAAAACUGUUGUGGGUCAGAAAGUUCAGGCUGUUUUGCUGCUACCAAGUUGUGCAAUUGUUGGUCAGUCAAACAGUCAAAGGGGAAAACACCAUCUCUUUUCAUAGCUUUGUUGGGUUUGAGAAAGAUGGCACUGGAUGUGGUCUCUAGUGCCUCAUCUGUUCCGGCCUCAGAAGCUCUUUCUCAAACAAUAGAAAUCAUUCUUGAGGUUGUUGUUACUGCAAACGAUGUCCUCGUUAGUAAGGAAAGUUUUAAGGAAAUGGCAGAUUACUUGGAAAGAAUAGUCCCCAUUUUAAAAGAGCUCAGCAAGAAAAACAUUGAUCAUUCUGAGAGCUUGAAGAAUGUUGUUGAGAUUCUCAACCGAGAAACAAAGGCUGCUAAGCAAUUAAUGCUGGAUUGCACCAAGAAAAGCAAAGUGUAUCUCUUUAUGAAUUGCCGAGGGAUUACAAAGCGUCUCGAGUCUAUGUCAAAAGAGAUUAGUCGGGCUUUAAGUCUCCUUCCUUUGACCACACUUGAUAUUUCAUAUGCAGUUGUUGCAGAUAUUGAAAAGCUUUGUGAAAGUAUGCUGAAGUCCGAGUUUCGAGUGGCGAUUACAGAAGAAGAGAUCAUGGAGAAAAUUGAGUCUGGGAUACAGGAAAGGAAUGUUGAUCGUUUGUAUGCAAAUAAUUUGCUGGCUCUCAUAGCAGAGGCUGUAGGAAUCUCAACUGAGAAAUCAGAGUUAAAGAAGGAGUUUGAAGAAUUUAAAAAUGAAAUAGAGAAUGCUCGGUUGAGGAAGGACCAGGCUGAAGCUAUACAGAUGGACCAGAUAAUUGCUUUGUUAGAAAGGGCUGAUGCAACUUCAUCAUCAAAGGAGAAAGAAAUGAAGUACUUUAGUAAGAGAAAGUCUUUAGGUAGCCAACGAUUGGAACCACUUCAAUCAUUUUACUGCCCCAUCACAAGGGAUGUUAUGAUGGAUCCGGUGGAAACUUCUUCAGGACAAACAUUUGAGAGAAGUGCUAUAGAAAAAUGGUUAGCAGAUGGUCAUGCAUACUGUCCCCUAACCAUAACCCUAUUAGACACAACCAUAUUACGGCCAAAUAAAACUCUGAGGCAAUCAAUCGAAGAAUGGAAGGACAGAAAUACCAUGAUUAUGAUUGCUUCCAUGAAGCAAAAACUCGGGUCUGGAGAGGAAGGAGAAGAAGAAAUUCUUCAAAUCCUGGUAGAGCUACAUGCUCUCUGUGAAGAAAGAGACCAGCACCGCGAAUGGGCAAUCCUAGAGAAUUACAUUCCAGUUCUCAUUCAACUUCUUGGUUCAAAACAUCGUGAGAUAAGAAAACGUGUUCUUAUCAUCCUUUGUAUUCUGGCAAAGGAUAGUGAUGAUGCUAAGGAAAGAACCAUAAGAGUUGAGACUGCCAUUGAAAAUAUUGUUCGAUCGCUUGGACGUCGUCCUGAGGAAAGGAAAUUAGCAGUGGCAUUGCUAUUAGAAUUAUCUAAAUGCAAUUCAGUGAGAGACUGCAUCGGGAAGGUUCAAGGUUGCAUACUCCUACUAGUGACCAUGUCAAAUGGUGAUGAUAAUCAAUCUGCUAGAGAUGCAGAGGAGCUACUGGCGAUUUUGUCAUUCUGUGAUCAAAAUGUCAUUCAAAUGGCAAAGGCUAAUUAUUUCAAACACUUUCUGGCCCGUCUUUCUGCAGGACCCGAAGAUGUGAAAAAGAACAUGGCAAUGAAUUUGGCAGAGAUGGAGUUGACUGAGCACAAUAAAGAGUCUUUGUUUGAAGGAGGUGUAUUGCAUCCUCUUCUUGGCUUGGUCUCGCAUGAUGACAUUGAUAUGAAAAGGGUGGCUAUUAGGGCUCUUCAAAACCUCUCGAGCUUACCAAAAAAUGGUCUGCAGAUGAUCAGAGAAGGUGCAGAGCGACAGUUACUUGACCUUCUUUUUGUUCGCAGCGUGUCACACUCAAGUUUACAUGAACACAUAGCAGCCAUCAUUAUGAACCUAGCUACCUCAACUUUGUCUCAAGACUCUGAUCAGACCCCUGUUUCAUUCUUGGAAUCUGAUGAAGAUAUUUCAACACUCUUCUCUUUAGUUAGCUUUACAGGACCUAAUGUCCAGGAAGACAUUAUCAGGACCUUCCACAUUCUGUGUCAAUCCCGCUCUUCCACAAAUAUUAAAGCCAAGUUGAUAGAGUUCUCAGCUUUGCCAGUGUUGGUCCAAUUGUGCGAGAAUAAUAACCCAAAGAUACGAGCAAAAUCUGUCAAGCUGUUCUGUUGCUUGGCAGAUGGUGUAAAUGAAACCAUUAUCAUGGAGCAUGUAAAUCAGAAAUUCAUAGAGACUGUACUAAGGAUCAUCAAAUCUUCUGAUGAUGACGAUGAGAUUGCAUCAGCAAUAGGCAUUAUCUCUAACCUUCCAGAAAUUGCAGCAAUCAAUCAAUGGCUUUUCGAUGCAGGAGCACUUCCACUCAUCUUCUGUAAACUCAAUGGCCAGCAGAAUGGUCCAUGCAGGAACCAGUUGAUAGAGAAUGCUGUUGGAGCCAUUUGCCGUUUCACUGUUUCGACAAAGGUUGAAUGGCAAAAGUGUACAGCUGAAGCCGGCAUUAUUCCUCAAUUGGUGCACUUGCUUGAGACUGGAACUAGAUUGACCAAACAGCGUGCAGCGAAAGCUCUUUCUCGUCUUUCUGAGAGUUCAUCGAGACUAAGCAGGUCAAUACCAAAGCGUAAAGGGAUCUGGUGCUUUGCAGCUCCUCCCGAAACUGGCUGUCCUGUUCAUGGAGGAAUCUGUAGCGUUGUUUCAACAUUCUGCCUUGUGGAGGCUGAUGCAGUUUGUCCACUUGUGAGGACACUUUCGGAACCCGAUCCUGGAGCUUGUGAGGCUUCUUUAGAUGCACUUUUAACUUUGAUCGAAGGUGAAAAACUCCAAAGUGGUAGUAAGGUACUUGACAAUUUGGAUGCCAUACAACCUAUUAUAAAACUUCUUGGUUCCCCUUCUCCUAGAUUGCAGGAGAAGGCUCUACAUGCUCUGGAAAGGAUAUUCCGACAAGUGGAGUUCAAACAAAAGUAUGGAGGCUUUGCUCAGAUGCCUUUAGUUGACUUAACUCAGCGCGGAAUUGGGAAUGUCAAAUCCCUAGCAGCAAGAAUACUUGCCCAUUUGAAUGUGCUUCAUGAUCAAUCUUCAUAUUUCUGAAGGAAACUUGAUGCUUUUGGUCGAUUACAGAACUCAUUUUGAUGCUUUGGCUCCACAAGAUUCUUAGAAAUAACAAAAAAAUAGAUGCUGAAUGAAGCACAUUACAAGGGGGAGGAGCCCUUGCACAUCCCAAAGAGGGCAGAGCUUAUCUCUCUUCUUCAUUUGUAAAUGGAUCAUGCCCUGAGAAAAGAACGAAAAUCUAUAUUCCUGAGUUUACCGACCUGUCUGAUUGAGAGUAUGUAGUUUGGUUACUCUCCAAAGAAUCAAAAGUGAUCUUAUUUAAUUUGUUAAAGCUGGCUGUGUAGAUAAUUAUAACCAAACCAUUGGACAGGAAGGAAACAUAAUGUAGCUCAUAUUAAAUGCUACAGAUGUGCACUGCAGUUCAUUGAUUUGUUGUUAAUGCUGAAGAAAGUAGAAGGAACACUGGACUGGUUACCAAGCUAAGCUUCGUCACUUUCUUUGACAGAAUCCAAUUCUUUGCCAAGGUAGAUCCUGUUCUUCUGGAUUUGAGAAGAUGGAGUUCAAGAAUUGACUACAGGGUUUUUUGUGUUGAAUUUAUUAGCAUUUUAUUCCAAUUUUAUAUUGUUUUUCUGUAGUUUUUUUGACAAAAUAUUGUUUUUCUGUAGUUAGUAAAAAAAUUUCUGUAGUUAUGUCAGUGUAUAUUUGGAUAUAAUAAUCGCUCUUGUAAAACUUCUCUCUCUUUUGCUUGUGAUGCCCCUCCUUCAAUACCAGAAAUACUUUUGUAUCUCUUAGGGAAAUUUUGAUUUUAAGUGGUAAACUCCAAUGCAGACAGGUGCCACGUUUUUGAAGUAGUAUUUAUUCAUUUUUAUUUUUUGGACAAA